AUGGAGGACGAUGGGCAAAGCUUGCUCUAUAACCACUACACCUCGGAGUCUGAGGGCAGGUCAGAAAGAGGGCAACAUGAUGACGCUCUGGGCCUCCAGGGCACUGUGUAUGAGAGCCUAGGGUCCAAGGACCCCAAAGACCAGAACUUAAACAAUGAGGAGCUGGGGUUCGAAGACCAAGAAGAGGAAAUUCCCCCUGAGGAGGUGGCCGAGGAAGAAUUCCUGGAUGAUCAGGACCCAGGAGAGGCCCUCCCAGAGCCGGAGAGCAUUCUGAAGAAAGACGAGGAGGAGGAGGAGGAGGAGGAGGACGCUGUGCCUGAGAUGAGCCGGCUGUCCGUCACCCAGAGGUUCCCCAGCACCCCCAUGGUAAAAGGGAAGAAGAAGAGGAGGAGGCUUUUUGAACUGGCAAAACCCAAGACCAACUGGCAAGUCUUGAAAGACAGGAUGAGGUGCUGCUGUAAGGGCUAUGCCUGGAUCUCCCCAUGCAUGAGGACCUUGGAGUUCUGUGUCUACUGGCCAUCCGUGUACUGGACAGAGAGGUUUCUGGAAGACACCACUCUUGCUGUCACGAUACCUGCAGUGUCCCGCCGAGUGGAGGAACUGGCCCGACCUAGAAGGUUCUACUUGGAGUAUUACAACAACAAUAGGACUACCCCCAUUCUGCCCAUUCCUCGGUCUACCUUGGAGUACCAAGCAUCUAGUCGCCUGAGGGAACUGGCCACCCCACGGGUCCGGAAUAACAUUUGGAGCAUAAACAUGUCUGAGGUGUCCCAGGUGUCCAGGGCAGCCCAGAUGGCCGUCCCCAGUUCGAGGAUCCUCCAGCUGGCAAAGCCCAGGAGUCCAGCCACCCUGCUGAAAGAGUGGGACCCUGUGCCAAAACCCAAGCCACAUGUGUCAGACUAUAACCGGCUCCUUCACUUGGCCAUGCCCAAGGUCCAGUCAGAGAAGUGUGUUCCUGACCGAAAUCCACGCUGGGAGGUGCUGGAUGUCACCAAGAAGGCAGUGGCCAGUCCCCGGAUUAUCUCCCUGGCCAAGCCCAAAGUGCGCAAGGACCUCAAUGAGGACUACAACCGGCAUCCCCUCGCCUGUACGAGCUUGCCACCCCAAAAAGCAUUACCAAAAAAGUGUGAGUGACCCAGGCCUGGCCUCUAA